CUCUUAUAGGCCACUGUGGAGCCACACUGCCACAGCUUUCCAAACAGACAAAAGAAACAGAAAAGAAGAACCAUUCCCGCUCUAAUACUUCAAAAAUUUUGCGCAGAAACAGGUAGGAACUAGAGAAUAAAUCGAUGAGCAACGGAAUAAGAGGGUGGAUAGAGGGAGAUGAGAGCGGGAGGGAGAUGCUGUCAAGGGUUCAAAAGGAGAGGCCCUACUUACAUCUUCCUCCUCCUUUUCAUAAAGUUCCAAUUCGCGUAGGGAAUGUGAUCGAGGUUAUAGGCUCCUCUCCUUCUGCCAAAACUCACAUACUCAUGCAAUCUGCAACCCAUUGCAUUCUUCCUCAAUAUUGCGGAGGAUUGGGUCGUUUAGUCUUCUUUGUUGACUUGGAUUGUCGUUUUGACAUCUUACGCCUUUCUCAAAUCCUCAAGAAUCGCAUCAUCCAAACAAACGGAUCUGAUGAUGAGGAAAUAUUUGGAGCUUGCAUGAGACGGUUUCGCUAUAUCCGUUGUUAUGAUAGCCUUGAGUUUCUUGCUACUCUCAAGACUUUGCGUCAUCAAAUUCAAAGGGAUAGAGAAGCUCAAGGAAUUACCAUCAGUUGCAUGAUGAUUGACAGUAUUGGAGCUUUUCACUGGGUAGAUCGGGCUUCAACAUCAUUCCUCGGUGAUAACAGCAGGAAAGGUUUCUCGCUCCAGAAUGUUUGGGAAACUAUUGUUCAGGAGAUCAAAAAGCUUCUACUGGUGCAUCCUAUGCUCGUGAUUGCUGCAAAAGCAACCAUUCUUGGGAAUAGAUAUGCAGCAAAUAACAUCAAAUGGAAUCUCAAGAGGCCAUGUUCACCGGGUUCUGCAGUUUCAAGUGUAUCAAAUAAGCUUGUGCAUCGUGAGUAUAUGUCUUCUGUCUGGCAGUCCUUUGUUACGCUCAGAAUACUUGUACAAGCCACAGAUGACCAUAUUUCUAUUGACCGAAACCAUAAUAAGUCAGUCUACUUGUCAGAGUGGUUAUUGCCAUCACAGAGUUAUGUGGAUAAAUUUAUUGUCGAAGAUGCUGGUGUCUUUUGUGUUUCAUGAUGAUGCGUGUAUUUGUACAAGCAUAAGACUUGGAUUUUCUCUCAUGAGGCCAGGUACCUGCAUUUUGGCUGAUGUAACAUAUGUUCUCUGAAUUUGAUGCUAUGCAUUUCUUUUUAGCCUCAUGUAGGAAGUAUUAAGACAUCAGCAAUGCUAACAAUGGUUUCCCUUCAAGUGCCCUUUGCAGCAUCUAGCUAAUGGGCUUGCUGCUAACCAAUUAACCAUCCAUUUAGAUUUGAUGGGCAUGAUUUCUUUCACAAUAUGUCGGUGUGUUGGAAAGAAGAGAUUAUAUAUAUCAUAACAUUAUGUAAAAUGCAACGGGAGGGGACGGACAACUUUACCUAAACAAUUUACUUAUUUUUUAAUUAAUUUAGUUAAUUUAAUUUAAUAAUAAAUUGUAUUAUUAAUUUAUUAA